AUGGCGGAACCCCGCGCCCGCCCGCGCCAAAAAGGCCAAGUCUUCGCCGACACCGACCUGCGCGAACUCCUCUUCUCCUUCGGCUCGCCGGACCCACAACACUCCCUCCCCACAACCCUGACCGUCCUCGACGAGAUCCUCACCGACUUCAUCAUCGAGACCUGCCACGCGGCCGCCACCUGCGCGUCUUAUAGCAGAAGGCAGAAGAUCAAGAUGGAGGAUUUCCGGUUCGUGCUGCGGCGGAACGGGGCGUUUCUGGGACGUGUUGCGGAGCAGAUGGCGAGGGAGCGGUGGAUUAAAAACCAGAGGAAGAUGGUGGAUUUUGAGGAGAUUGGGAGGGAGGGUGUUACGGAACUUGCUGGGAUUGCGGAAGCUGGUGGGGCGGAGAAUGAGCUGAAGAAGAAGGGGCGUGGGCGUGGUGGGCGGAAGAAGAGAAAGGCGGAGGAUGAGGGUGAGGGGAGUAAGGUGAAGAGGGUUGCGACUUGA